AUGGAUAGUGUUUGCCGCUAUUUGGUUGAAAAUCUAACAGCUGUUAACAACUAUGAUAGGACAACUGUUCAUACGUUCGUAUUUCAUAAUGGCAGCUUGACUGGAGAGUUUUUGACGGAACUGAUGGAUCGGAUACCAGUGACGGCAAGUUUUGCAGUGACAGCGGACAUACCGACGGAUUUCAAACAUUCCAAAGCAUUUAAAUACAAAAAAAUUCAAUAUAAUGAAGCUCGAUGGGCAACUCUGGAUGACUUAAAAUCAGUGAAGAAUGAAUGUUUUGUGAAUCUCAAAUCUUCAAACUUUGAUUGCAAAGACCUGAAUGAAUUCCUGAAACAUUGGGUUGAUUGUGAUGAGGCUAUAUUGACAAGACUGACAUUGAAACUGAAGGAAGGUACUGUAAUUGAUGAGACUGUGCUCACUGACCAGUUGACUAUUCUAUUGUAUUAUGUCGACGAUUUGCCACAUUUCUUUAUAAAAAUGAAGAAAAUUUCAAACGAAAAACUGGUAGUCGGUCAUCUUGAUUUUGAGAAAGAUAAAACUGUCGAGUUCAAUGUGUGGCCAACUGAUAAGUGGAGUGGGAUAUUUGAAAUGCUUGAAUUACUGGAAAAAGUGAAGGAGUUGGAGAAGGAAUUGUUGAGAAUAGACGAAGGAGAGGAACCAAAUAGUAAUGAAGAAAUUGAAAAGAGAAACAGAAGAAGACGAGAGAUAGAGGAGAAAGUGGAACAUGUGAGAAGACAGAUUGAUAAACUCAAUGAAUAUGGUCUUAUACUUCAAUAUCCAGUUUAA